AUGCAUAUCAUAUUGUUUUUUCUAAUCAUUCGUUUGACUACUUGUACCAAUUCGAUACCAUUUGAUGGAAUAAUUCGUCCAUCAGGAGAUGGUAGUUCAUAUGCUUUUCUUACACCACCAAAAGAUGGUAAUCAUGCAGCAUUCAUUGAGCAAUUGACACCAAGUGGUACAUUGGCUGUUGCAUGGUUUACGGGCGGUGAAGGAAGGCCUAAUUGUUCGAUUGCCGUAUCACUUUUAGCUGUUGGAUCAGAACAAUUUACACCUGGUGUCAUUGUCAGUGAACGCACCAAUUAUUCAAAUCAAAAUCCUGUUCUGUUUUGGAAUAAUCGUACACAAAUCUUACAUUUAUAUCAUUCUUCACAAUUGGGUAAUGGUCCAGAAAGUACAUCUGAACUAUGGCAUUUACAAAGUCAAGACAAAGGUGCUACAUGGUCUAAAAGCAGUUCAUUUUAUUCAUUACCAGGUGCAUUUGAUCGAAAUCGUAUUAUUCCUACAUUAGAUAAUCAAGGUCUUAUAUAUCCUUGUUAUAAUUCUUCACCAACAUAUGAUUAUUCAUUCAUACUUCGAUCAAUAUCCGAUACUUCAACAUGGACACGUAUUAAUAUGACAAAUAGUGAAAAUCUCAUUCAACCUUCUAUUAUUCGUUUAUAUAAUUCAAAAGUAUUACGAUCAUUUUUUCGUGAUGAAAAUGCCGAAUCUAUCUAUUAUUCCGAUAGUAAUGAUGAUGGUAUUACUUGGACAGUACCAAAACGAACAAUCUUGCCAAAUAAUAAUGCUGGAAUUCAUGCAAAUACAUUAAAAACAGGUGCUGUUAUUAUGGUUUUUAAUAAUCUUAAUGGAACUUCUCUACCACGAUCACCGCUAACAGUAGCUCUGUCAGACGACAAUGGAAUGACAUGGCCUUAUCAACGAAAUAUCCAAAUCCAUGAUGAUGGUAAUAGUACAUAUGUCGGCGAAUAUUCUUAUCCAGCAAUAUUACAAAGUUUUUGGACUGGGAGGGAUGAUAAUGAUAUUCAUCUUGUUUUUACUUAUGAUCAACAAACAAUUAAAUAUGUUCGUUUUAAUGAAAGAUGGAUUAAACAAGGACAAAGAAUAUUCUAUUAG